UCUCUGCUAAUCCUCUACAUCACCCCCUUUGCCUUCUCAGGACUAUUUCUCUCCAAUCCCUGGCUCAUGGGUGAUGGCAGGGGCUGGAUGUGACACGUCCCAUGUGUGAUGCCAUGUGUGCCAUGCGGUGCCGGUGGCUGGGGGUGCAGGGCUGGGGUUCCUGUGUCCCCGGGGUGCUCUGGCAGGAGCCCUGAGCGCGUUUCCGCUUUGCUGAAAUGGCCACGCUCUGAUAGGGGCUGUGGUUUCCUCCUCUGAGCGAGCGAGGCACUGGGGGAGAACACAGCUCCAGGCAGAGCUGCAGCCCUGCCCCACACUCAGCCUCCCCCCGAGAUGGAUCCUGCUGCUGAGAGCCCCCCAGGGACCCUCCCCGGGGGGGACAGCCCCGAGAUGGAUCUGUCCCACCGCUUCUCCAAGGAAGAGCUGGCCCUGCUCUACCAGGAGGUUCUCUACACCAUCCGGCACCGCCUGGGCAAGCCCAAGCAGCAGCACAUCGGGGAUUCCCAGGAGCUCUACUCUUAUGUGCAGAAGGCUUUUGGCAUGGACACGGAGGAGCACAGUGCGAUCAUGCAGCAGGUCAUGGAGCUGGAGAGCCCCAUUUACUGCCUGAAAGCCACUGUGAAGGAAGCCAAGGGAAUUUUGGGUAAAGAUGUCAGCGGGCUCAGUGACCCAUACUGCCUGCUGGGCAUCCAGGCCAGGGGCCAGGAACCAGCCCACCCUGACCACAAGAAGAGAACGAAGGCUGUGGUGAAAGACCUCAUCCCCGAAGACCAAAUCCAUCGCACCCAAGUGAUAAAACAGACCCUCAGCCCAGUGUGGAACGAGACGUUCAUCCUGGAGUUUAAAGAUGUGGAGACAGCCAGCUUCCACCUGGACAUGUGGGACUCGGACGUGGUGGAGUCGAUGCGGCACAAGCUGGGGGAGCUGACGGAUCUCCACGGCCUCAAAAGGAUCUUUAAAGAUGCUCGCAAAGACAAGGGGCAGGACGAUUUCCUGGGGAACGUGGUGGUUCGGCUGAAGAAUCUCCCUGCCCCAUUAGCACAGCAGGAUGAAGAUCCCCUGGUCUCUGAACGAGAUCCUUCUCCUGGGGAGGCUGCCCAGGGCUGCCCCUUUGUCCCUGUGUGCCUGCAGGACCUGCACUGCUGGAAUGACCAGUGGUACCAGCUGGAGCCACGGACAGAGACCUACCCCGAGCGGGGGCACUGCCACCUGCAGUUCCUACUCACGCACAAGAAGAGGGCCACCACGAGCAGCCGGACACAGCCGAGCUACACCGUCCACCGCCACCUCCUGCAGCAGCUGGUGUCCCACGAGAUCCUCCAGCACCAGGCCGGCAGCACCUCCUGGGAUGGGGAGCUGAGCAGCCACGCCAGCACCGUGCUGUACCUGCACGCCACACAGAAGGACCUCUCUGACUUCCACCAGGACAUGGCGCAGUGGCUGGCUUACAGCAAACUCUACCAGAGCCUGGAGUUCAACAGCAGCUGCCUCCUCCACCAGAUCACCAGCAUCGAGUACCGGUGGGUGCAGGAGCGCCUGAGGCCAGAGCAGAAAGAGGAGCUGGCUGAGUCCUUCCAGUCCUUCCUGACCUACGGGGUCUCCCUCAUCCGUAGGUUCCGCAUCAUUUUCCCCCUCUCUGUCCCGAGGUCCAAGGAGAGGCUCCAGUCCCUGCUCCGGGUCCUCGUCCAGAUGUGCAAAACAAAAGCUUUCCAUGAGCUGUGCACACCCAGCCCUGACCUCACCCAGAUGGUCUCAACAGCUCUGAAGUCAGGCACAACGGAGUGGUUUCACAUGCAGAAGCAGCACCUCAAGCCCAUGGUGAAGAGCAUAGAGGAGAAUAGCAAAGCCUUGUCCAAGCUCCUCCAGGAGGUGAUAGAAGACCUCAAGCAGUGCCAAAAGAUCUGGAAUAAAUUGUUCAGCACCAACCUGAAGCUGAAUAUCUUCUCCAUUGCCUACCUGGAGCUGGAGAGCCUGGUCGCAGAGCACGUCCAGGAGCAGCUGCACGAGGUUGACAGCAGCAUGUCCAGACCCACAGCCGAGAGCCUCUUUGAUCUCUACAGGAAACUGCAGGAGCUCUGUCAGAUGAGGGACUCCCUCCCAAACAGGGAUGGACCUCUGGCUCUGAGCAAUUUCCACCAGUGGUUCGAGGAAGCAUUACCCCUGUGGCUGCAGAAGGCCUACACCACCACGCUGGAGAGGGCUCAGAGAGCCAUCCAGAUGGACCAGCUGAAGCCUUACGGGUAUCACAAGCACAGCACAUCCACUGUUGACCUGUCCACCUGCUACGCCCAGAUCGUGACAACCUGGCAGCAGCUCAACUGGCCAGACCCUGAGAAAGCCUUCAUGAUCAUGGUCAAUCUCCUGGAGGACAUGUGCAAGAUCUCCCUGAUGUACUGCAAGCUCAUCAAGGAGAGGGCUGAGGCUCUGUCACUGAGCGAGCAGAACGAGGGCGAGGCGGCCAACAAGCUCUGCAUCGUGGUGAACAACAUCGAGCAGCUGCGGCUGCUGAUGCUGAAGCUGCCAUCACAACUGGACUGGGCCCAGCUGGAGCAGCGCAUGAGGGGCAUCAUCGACCCACAGCAGAUCCAGAACGCUCUGCACAACCAACUCCACAGCACCGUGGCCUGCCUGGACCACGAGGUCCAGGACGUGGUGCAAGCCCUGGCUACCAAGCUGGAAAAGGGCAUUGCCAGGCACAUCCAGGAGCUCUCAUCUUCCAGUGACACCCAGAAACCUGAGGAUUCCAUCAUCCCACUCAUGAAGUUCCUGGAGUCGGAGCUGCAGUACCUCAACGAGCACCUGGUCCAGGAGAACUUCAAAAGCCUCCUCACUCUCCUGUGGCAGCACACCCUGUCCGUGCUCUCAGCAGCACAGGGGCCGCAGGUGCCCUCGUUCCAGCACUGCCAGAGGCUGUUCUGUGCCCUGAAGAGCCUGGAGCUGUGCUUCCAUGCCGAGGGCUGCGGGCUGCCGCUGGAGACCCUCCACAGUGCAGCCUUCCAGAGGCUGGAGUCUCACCUGGCUCUCUGCUCCGCCACCAGCCGCAAACUCAUCCAGAAAUACUUCAGCAACAGGAUCCAGCAGCAGCUGGACGCCAGCUCAGAGAAGUACGGGGCCGUGACCAUCAAAGCUCUGUACCGGCCUUCGGAGCAGAAACUCCAUGUGGAAGUGCUCAACGCCACCAACCUCAUCCCGCUGGACUCUGAUGGCUCCAGCGACCCCUUCGUGCAGCUCACCCUGGAGCCCCGGCAUGAGUUCCCCGAGGUGGUGGCCCGGACCACCCAGUGCAGGAGGAACGAGCUGCACCCCCUCUUCGACGAAGCUUUCGACUUCUUGAUCCCCGCCGAGAAGUGCCGGCAGGAGGGGGCCUGUCUGCUGCUGACCGUGUUUGACUACGAUGUGCUGGGGGCCAACGACCUGGAGGGCGAAGCCUUCUUCCCCCUGUGCCACCUGCCCGGCCUCGACAGCGAGGAGGACGAGGCUGACAUGGGACGGGUGCCCCAGAGCCGGCUCCCCCUCACCCACCCCAAGCCCACGGAUGAGAUCCUGCAGCUGCUGGAGUCCAGGAAAAGGGACAAAGAAGCUCAGGCCUUCGUUAAGCUCCGCAAGCAGCGAGCCAAGCAGUCCAAGGAGACAGAGUGAGGAGGGGAAGGAAAAUGGCCCUGGAAGGAGGGGUCCGGCCAGCGGGACCCCGGGACUUCUGUGGUGUUGGGACCAGAACCAUCUGCAGGGAGUGUGGGGACAGAGGGGUCCCUGUGCCUGACCCAACUCACCCCCACCUUCGGCAGCAACGCUCCCGUGAGCCAGGGAGGGUGGGCAGGUGGAUUCCGGGGGAUUUCUUUGCCUGCCUGGACUAGUAACACUACACGAGGGCUGUGAAAGUGUGCCUGUCCCUGUCUGUCCCUCUGGAGCUGUGACUGCCAGUGCUGCAUCUCCUGGCCGUGUCCCCAACCCCCCUGUCUGCAACAUGACUGACUCAGGCUGGGGACAGCCAUGGCCAAACCUGCCUUCAUUUUUUUUUUUUUUUUUUAAUUUUUUAAAUGUCUUUUCCCCCUCAUUUUCUUGUGGAUAAGCCUCUUAUUUUAAAUGAAAAGCCACAAAGCUGA